AUGGUGACCUGGAUGCGACUGGCGUAUCCACAUCUAGUAGACGCCGCGUUCUCGGACAGCGGACCGCUUUAUGCCCAAGAAGACUUCCCUGAGUACCUGGAAGUUAUCACGGAAGCUAUUAGAUCACAAGGAAGUGAGGAGUGCUUGACCAGUAUCCAGCAAGGUAUGGAGAGAGUAGUGGAACUCCUCGGUACUACAAAUGGCGCCAAUCAAGUCUCGCAGAUGUUCAGGACCUGUUCCCCAAUCGACGCUUCCAACGCCUUAGACGUAGCAACAUUCUUCUGGUAUGGUGUUACGGAGACGUUCGCCUACCUGGUGCAGUAUGCUAGACCUGGACAAAUUGCCCAGGCCUGCGCGGCAUUGAAUAACAACACAGUCUCGGACCCCGCUCAGCGGUUAGCUGACUGGAUCACUUCGAGGCCAACGACCCAACCGUGCGUUAAGAGCAAAUACAG